AUGAAGUUUCCUGUCUUUGCUGCGGCGUUGACAACGGUCUCCGCGGCCGCGUCACUCGAUUGGGCGGCGGCCUACGAGAAAGCAAAUGCUUCGUUAGCGAAGCUCUCUCAGAAUGACAAAAUCAACAUCGUUACGGGAGUUGGCUGGAAUAAAGGGCCCUGCGUCGGUAACACGGCGCCCGCGAGUUCUAUCAACUAUCCUCAGCUGUGCUUACAAGACGGACCCCUCGGCAUCCGAUUUGCCACUGGGAAUAAUGCCUUCGUUCCGGGAAUACAAAUCGCCGCGACUUGGGAUCGUGCCUUGAUGAGGGAGCGGGGACAGUUCAUGGCCGAGGAGACGAAAGGGUGCGGCAUCCACGUGUUGCUAGGUCCCGUUGCCGGUCCUCUCGGUAAGAUCCCUACGGGUGGGCGAAAUUGGGAGGGUUUCGGUGCCGACCCUUACCUGCAAGGUAUCGCUAUGGCGGAAACUAUUGAGGGCAUGCAGAGCGUUGGUGUCCAGGCCAAUGCGAAGCACUACAUCCUCAACGAGCAAGAGCUCAACCGCGAGACCAUAAGCUCUAAUAUUGAUGAUCGAACGAUACAUGAGCUUUAUCUUUGGCCCUUCGCGGAUGCCGUACACGCAAACGUCGCGUCGGUCAUGUGUUCUUACAAUAAGAUUAAUGGUACCUGGACGUGCGAGAACCCAUACGCUCUCGACACGCUCUUGAAGAAGGAGCUAGGGUUCCAAGGAUACAUCAUGACGGACUGGAACGCGCAACAUUCUACUGUCGAGGCUGCGACCUCCGGACUAGACAUGACAAUGCCUGGUACUGAUUUUAACGGCGGGUCUCUGUACUGGGGCUCAAAGUUGAAUCAGGCUGUAAGCAGCGGUCAGGUGCCGCAGUCGCGUCUCGAUGACAUGGUGCGUCGGAUUCUGGCGGCGUGGUACUUGCUAGGCCAGGAUAGUGGCUAUCCCGCGAUCAAUCUCAAAGCAAACGUGCAAGGAACCCACAAGACAAAUAUUCGCGCGACGGCGAGGGACGGGAUCGUCCUACUAAAGAACGAAGGGGGUAUUCUCCCUCUAAAGAAACCCGGCAAGCUCGGACUAGUCGGUUCUGCUGCUGUUGCCAACCCCCAAGGAAUCAACUCUUGUACCGACCAAGGAUGCAACACCGGCGCCCUCGGAAUGGGCUGGGGCUCCGGAACUGCUUCUUAUCCGUACUUCAGCGCUCCGGCAGAUGCCAUCAAGACCCGAGCCGAUGCCGAUGGGACGCAGAUCAGCUUGUCUUCGUCUGACAGCACCAGCUCCGUAAGCUCGGCCGUCGACGGGGCGGACGUCGCUAUCGUAUUCGUCACAUCCGACAGCGGCGAAGGGUACAUUACCGUGGAAGAUAACGUGGGCGACCGCAAUAAUCUUGACCCGUGGCACAAUGGCAACGAGCUUGUCAAGGCCGUUGCGGCAGCGAGCGAUAAUGUGGUUGUGGUUGUGCACUCCGUCGGCCCCGUCAUACUGGAGACGAUCCUUGCGCAGCCGAACGUCAAGGCGAUCGUGUGGGCUGGUCUCCCGUCCCAAGAGAAUGGAAACGCGCUCGUGGACGUUCUCUACGGAGACUCCAACCCUUCGGGCAAGCUGCCGUACACUAUUGCUAAGGCCGCCGCGGAUUACGGAACUAGCGCCAGCCAAGGCGAUGACGACUUCAAGGAGGGUCUAUACGUUGACUACCGCAAGUUCGAUAAAGAAGGCAUCGCUCCUAGGUACGAAUUUGGAUAUGGUUUAUCGUACACUAACUUCACUUACUCCGAUAUUUUCGUUGAUGGGCGGCCAACAGCGGGCCCUGCGACUGGGAAUAUCAUACCGGGAGGGCCUGCUGACCUUUGGGAGACGGUAGUAACUGUUACCGCCACAAUUACCAACUCGGGCGCUGUUCAAGGCGCCGAGGUAGCCCAAUUAUAUAUAGAGUACCCGGAAUCCGCUGCCGCGCCGCCAAAGCAGCUUCGCGGGUUUGAGAAGUUGGCCCUAGAGCCAGGCGCUAAGGAUAUUGUCGCCUUCGAAGUCAAGAGGCGAGAUUUAAGUUUUUGGGAUACAACAAAGCAAAGCUGGGUUGUUCCCUCUGGUAUUUUCAACUUCACCGUCGGCGCGAGUAGCCGCGAUAUUCGACUGAGUGGCACCCUCGAGGUUCCAUAG